AUGAAUAACUUAUUUGACAUUGCGCACGGAAAUGCGUUAGAUUUAAUUAAAAUAGAAGAAGAUAAAGAGUUUUUGAAGAAUCAACGUAAAGAAGGUAGACCUGGUGCAAUGGUGGGAUGUGAUCGUUCAUUAUUUGAAAAAGAAAAGCGAAGAAAUACUCGUAUUGAGAAAGAGGUAAUCCGAAAAGAAAAGCAGGGUGAAGAACAAUUCCAAGUAUUCCUAACAGCGAAUGAUUUGAGUGACAAUACUGAAGAACUAAUUGAUGUAUACGACAGUGAUGAUAAUACUGAUCAAACUGCUAACUGUAGCUUUCAACAAAAAAACAGAAAACGAGGAAUGAAACAUUUUAUCACUUCAAAGCUUGUUGCGACCUUAGACAAGUGCAAAGUCAGUGAUAGGGACGCAGUACGUAUUCUGAUAGCUGCGGCUGAAGCAUUGGAACAUGAUAUCAGUACAUUGGUAAUCAGCAAGACAUCGAUUCGGCUUUGCCGUAAACAAAUUCGUUCGGAAACUUCUGCAAAACUGAUGACGGAUUUUAAAAACAGCAAUAUAAAUCAAAUUACGGUACAUUGGGAUGGAAAAAUUUUACCGUCAAUCACAGGAAACGCAAAAGUGGACAGAUUACCAGUUGUGAUAACAACAGAUGGCAUUGAACAUCUACUUGGAGUACCUGCCCUGUCAGCUGGUACUGGCAAAGAACAGACAGACGCCAUACUCGAACUAUUAAAGGAAUGGAAUCUAACAGAAAAGGUAGAAGCUUUAUGUUUUGAUACUACCGCGACAAAUACAGGUAGAUUACAAGGUACCAGCAUUUUAUUAGAACAACACCUCAAUAGAGAAUUGUUAUAUCUCUCUUGCCGUCAUCACAUAUAUGAGCUCUUGCUGAAAACAACCAUCGGCGACAACGACAAGGCAGGAAGCACGACGAAAAAGUAA